AAUCUCUUCUCUUCCUUUCCUCUUCGUCGCACAUACCCCGAUUCAAGCAAUCACUCUGUGCAAUUCAACUCUUUUCAAAAGAAAAAAACACACAAACCGUCAAUAAUCCACAACCGCAAUCAUGGGUAAGGAGAAGAUGCACAUUAACGUGGUCGUUAUCGGCCACGUCGAUUCUGGAAAGUCCACCACCACUGGUCACUUGAUCUACAAGUGCGGUGGAAUCGACAAGCGUACCAUCGAGAAGUUCGAGAAGGAAGCUGCCGAGUUGGGCAAGGGUUCAUUCAAGUAUGCGUGGGUUCUUGACAAGCUAAAGGCUGAGCGUGAGCGUGGUAUCACCAUCGAUAUCGCUCUCUGGAAGUUCGAGACCCCAAAGUACUAUGUCACCGUCAUUGAUGCCCCUGGUCACCGUGAUUUCAUCAAGAACAUGAUUACUGGUACCUCCCAGGCCGAUUGCGCUAUUCUCAUCAUUGCCGCCGGUACUGGUGAGUUCGAGGCUGGUAUCUCCAAGGAUGGCCAGACUCGUGAGCACGCUCUCCUCGCCUACACUCUCGGUGUCAAGCAACUUAUCGUUGCCAUCAACAAGAUGGACACCACCAAGUGGUCCGAGGCCCGUUUCCAAGAAAUCAUCAAGGAGACAUCCAACUUCAUCAAGAAGGUCGGAUACAACCCAAAGACUGUUGCCUUCGUUCCUAUCUCUGGAUUCAAUGGUGACAACAUGAUCGACAACUCCUCCAACUGCCCAUGGUACAAGGGUUGGGAGAAGGAGACCAAGGCUGGCAAGUCUUCCGGCAAGACCCUUCUCGAGGCCAUUGAUGCUAUCGACCCACCUUCCCGCCCAACUGACAAGCCCCUCCGUCUUCCUCUCCAGGAUGUUUACAAGAUUGGUGGUAUUGGCACGGUGCCAGUCGGUCGUGUCGAGACCGGUGUCAUCAAGGCCGGUAUGGUCGUCACCUUCGCCCCCGCUGGUGUCACCACUGAAGUCAAGUCCGUCGAGAUGCACCACGAGCAACUUGUCGAGGGUCUCCCAGGAGACAACGUUGGCUUCAACGUCAAGAACGUCUCCGUCAAGGAAAUCCGUCGUGGUAACGUUGCCGGUGACUCCAAGAACGACCCACCUAAAGGAGCUGAGUCCUUCAACGCCCAGGUCAUCGUUCUUAACCACCCUGGUCAAGUCGGUGCUGGUUACGCCCCAGUCCUUGAUUGUCACACUGCCCACAUUGCUUGCAAGUUCGGUGAGCUCUUGGAGAAGAUCGAUCGUCGUACCGGUAAAUCCAUUGAGAACGCCCCUAAGUUCAUCAAGUCGGGUGAUGCUGCCAUCGUCAAGAUGAUUCCAUCCAAGCCCAUGUGUGUUGAGGCCUUCACUGAUUACCCACCUCUUGGACGUUUCGCCGUUCGUGAUAUGCGCCAGACAGUUGCAGUUGGUGUUAUCAAGUCCGUUGUCAAGUCUGACAAGGCCGGAAAGUGAGUGAUUUCAUUCGAAAUUUUUAGACCCCGAGCUUCACUAACUGAAUUUCUCCAGGGUCACAAAGGCUGCUGUCAAGGCUGGUGCCAAGAAGUAAACUUCCCAAACUUCCGAAAAUUUGUUUUCCUGGUCGCAAUGUGUCAAGAUAUUCGAGGCUGGGAGAUGGUAUGGGUUGCUACGGUCUAGAUAGCUAUUUUUCGCGAAGAAUGGCAAUGGAUUUCUGAACACCUGAACUUGCAAAUAUCUCUCGGACAGUGAAACCUCUGUGACGAUUGAAACCC